AUGUAUCUCCGGACGACCCGUGUACGAGUCAUCGUCGCCAUACUCCCGUCUCGUUUGCUUGAUGUAGUCAACCCCCAUGGCGGUCGUUCUGGUCUGAUAGCCGUCAUCAACGUGGCAGAGGGCGUUGUACGAGCCCGAGGACAAAGUGUAGACACUGUUGCUGCCAAAGGUGUUGACGCCGCCGUCGAUGCGCGCCCGGAUGAGGUUCUGAUUGCCCACGAGGUAGCCCGCGAAGGUUCCGAGGAAUGUGCCUGUGGGGUUGUUGGUGCUAUCGAACAGGUUUACUGUGUAAUGGCGUGGAAGGGGACCGUUCUAUAG